GUGCUGUGUGAAUGUGUGGGUCACAGCUCACAGAGCGAAUCCAAGCGAAUCGCGAGGAACAAGCGCGAGCUAUAAAAAUAUUUUUUUCGCAUCUAUCACUCGCCAGCGAUGGCAGCCCAAUGGAUUCGUACAGCAAUAUCUUCGAAGCUCACCGGUGCGCGGCUCUACAGCAGUAAGGUACAUAAAUGCACUCUAAUCCCCGGAGACGGCAUCGGACCUGAGAUCUCUGCUGCGGUACAGAAGAUCUUUGAUGCUGCUAAGGUACCGAUAGAAUGGGAAGCGGUUGAUGUGACACCAGUAAAGGGUCCAGAUGGCAAGUUUGGUUUACCACAAGCAGCCGUUAACUCUAUCAAUAGGAAUAAAGUUGGUCUGAAGGGACCCUUGAUGACCCCAAUAGGAAAAGGUCAUAGAUCUCUCAAUCUUGCACUAAGAAAGGAAUUUAAUUUAUAUGCUAAUGUGCGACCAUGUCGAUCGUUAGAGGGGUACAAGACGUUGUACGAUAAUGUCGACGUCAUCACUAUCAGAGAGAAUACAGAAGGUGAAUAUUCGGGUAUAGAGCACGAAAUCGUAGAAGGCGUUGUACAGUCCAUUAAGUUAAUCACUGAAGAGGCUUCUCGCAGGGUAGCGGAAUUUGCUUUCCAAUAUGCUACAGAUAAUAAUAGGAAAAAGGUUACUGCUGUACAUAAAGCGAAUAUCAUGAGGAUGUCGGAUGGUUUGUUCUUGAGAUGUUGUCGGGAAGCUGCGCAGAAAUUUCCAUCUAUCAAGUUCGAAGAAAAGUAUUUGGACACUGUUUGCCUAAAUAUGGUGCAAGAACCAAAUCAAUAUGACGUACUCGUUAUGCCAAACUUGUACGGAGAUAUUUUAUCCGAUAUGUGCGCUGGACUCGUCGGAGGUCUUGGUCUCACACCGAGCGGAAACAUUGGUUUGAACGGAGCUUUGUUCGAAUCGGUACAUGGAACGGCACCCGAUAUUGCCGGCCAAGAUAAGGCAAAUCCCACAGCAUUAUUGCUCUCUGCGGUGAUGAUGCUCAAACAUAUGGGUCUCAACAGCCACGCAAAGAUCAUCGAGCAGGCCGCUUAUGAAACCAUCAAGGAAGCGAAAUAUCUGACCGGUGAUUUAGGUGGUACCGCUAAAUGCAGCGAAUAUACAAAUGAGAUUUGUAAGAAGGUUGCUACGCAAACAAAAUAAAAGGCAGGUAUUUCAAUAAUAGAAAUCCAAACUGCCAAAUACUCGUAGAAUUCAUGCACUCAUGAUGAAAGGGCUGCUAUUUUCUACCAUCUGUUAAUAUUCUGUAUGCGCAGUCUUGUAUGUAUGUGCGUCUUCAGUGUAAAUCUGGGCUCGGAUAUAGAUUGAAUAUUGUUAAAUAUUUUUGAGCUUGUGUUCAUGCAUGCACAUUUAGAAAUUGUUCUUGGAUAUAUUCUCUCUUGGUUCGUUGCAGGCGUAACAGAUUUUUACGUCCUUAUUCUCUGAUCUGACAAAUAUGGAAUGGCAUUUAAUUUCCUUCCAUUCAUAAGAUGUGCGUGCAUCGUCGUUGAUUACAUCGACUGAACAUAUUUCUUGUUUAUCAUAUGUUUAUCAUUAUGUAUUAUUUAACUUGUCCUAGAGAAAAGAAUUCUAGUAAAAAUUGUAAAGAUUAGCUAUGUAAAUUAAAUAGUAGAAAUGCUGUAUCAUAAUUUUAAAUAAAAUUAUUGCGCGAGACAUAUGUUCCAUAAUAAAAAUAAUUUAAGAUAUCGAAAUAUAUCGUGCAGUAUUACAAACUAAUAAAAAUCUAUAUAUCUAAAGCAUAUUUUGCAUAGCAAA